AUGUACCCUGACAACCAACCCAGUGAUGCCUCUGGCGCUGCCAACUUGUUUGGGAAUCUCCCUCCCGGUGUGCCUGGAGCAGGAGCAGCCUCGACUGGUAAUAACACACAGGCUGGAACAACAGCACAAGUCCCAAAUGCCGCUGAUGCACCUGAACCAACCAAUCACUUUGUCAAUGCUGCUUCCAUGAGCUUAAAUCAUGCUGCCCAGGUCAUGGAGGCACAUUAUGCUGCCAUGUUGACGGAAAGCGCCUCCAUGGAAAACGGAGCUGGUCAUCAAGCCGACAACUUUGAGCAUAUCGCCCACCCUAAUAACUUUGAGUAUAUCCCGGAGUCUAACAACUUCCACCUUCCGCACUCCAACAACCUCGACCUUCCGCGCCUUAACAUUUCCGACCUCCCGCACCCUGACGAAUUCGAGCGCGCCCUGCUUGAAGGUUUAGAGGAACUCCCGGAAGACGCAGACUCUGCCUUCCCGGUCCAGCAGCAACUGGAUGAGCAGCCCCAGCAGCUGCUUCAACCCAAUGUCCAGCAAUGGCAGCCACAACCCAAUGAGGAGCAACAGCAGCCGCAACAGCAGCCGCAACAGCAGCCGCAACAGAAAUUGGAUGAGAAAAUCAAGCUACUGAAGGACUUAACUGAGCUACUGGAAACUCGACACAGUGUAUCUCCCGCUCAACUUCAGGAGGGUUUAAAUCAGCUGCUGGGAUCUCAACAAAGUGCAUCUCGCGCUCCAUUUCAGGAGGAUUUAACUCAGCUACUGGAACCUCAACAAAGUGCAUCUCCCGCUCUAUUUCAGCAGAGUGCAGUGCCAGCUAUGGCUCAACCUACCCAGCAGCAGCAGCAGCAGCAGCAGCAGCAGCAAUCUAGGGCAAGCCCUUUCCCCCAACGACAACCCGAUCUUCACGCCAUGCUUGAAAAAACCUCCAUAGUCACAGGCAAUAUCAAAGAGGUUUACGCGAAGACCAGCGAGUGUGUUGGCUGCGUGAACAUGCGGGUGAUCCAAGGGAUAUCUAGUAGGCAACAGGAGUUGGCUACGUUCCAAGUCAAUAACCAAGUGCUUCAGUGGGUCAAGGACUGGGUGAAAGAAAAUGCAAAGGAUCCCAAUGCCCCAAUCUUGAGGGACACCCCCCCAGCACCCGACGCCAACGGCAACUGGAACGUGUACGAAAUUUUGAACGGCUACAACCGGAGCUUUAGUUCUCUGUACCUGAGGGCAAUGUCUGCCUCGCGUGACCUGAAGAAGGUCCUUCAAGGUCUACCGCAUGAGUGGAUUUUCGGAAAAGGGCCCGAUGUCGUUCCUGAAGAACUUCGUCGAGCCGUGAUUGAGUGCCACACAGUCGCGCUCAACACUUUCAAUGCACUUUUGGCCUUUAUGGAGCACGAUAACAAUCUUCUGCCACACAGGUUCACCGAUAAUUGGAACUUUGACGUCCUAGGCACCAUUAAUCAGACCCAGGGCAAUCAGACCCAGGGCCAAGGACCAAAACCCUCCGAUGCGAUACGCUACCUUACAGAGAAAUGCCAUGAAACGAUUUCCGCCCACACCCGUUAUGUUCACAGCCUCUUGCGAGACCUCCGCCCAUACCCUGUGCUGCCAGGCCUACAGCAAGUUCAAGCCAUUACCGAUGACCAGCUUCAGAUGCUACUGCAACAACAACAACAAGAAGCCGCGCGAGACUGCCCAAUGCUAUCAGUCUGCCCAUAUACGGCGGGACCUGAUACAGACAACGAACAGAUUAAGAUGCUGGAGUUUUGUGUUUUCUACCGCCUUAAUUUCAUUCUGCAGAGACUCCCCCGGAUGUAA